AUGUAUAGGGAUUCUUACAUUGGAAAAAUUGAUGACCUAUUGCAGAGUUAUAUUAGUACUGGAGCUUGUUCAAUAUUCAUCGGUGAUCAGGACCAGCUUUCUCGCAAGAUUCAGGCGCAGUACCGGAAGGUUGUUAAUCCUUUGUGUCGUCUUCAUGCUGCUAAACCUAAUCUUUAUCCCUCCUCUAUAAAUGCUAGCCUUAAGAAGUUAUUAUCAUCCUCGCCAACCUUCCCUUAUCUAUAUGGAACUAUCAAGACCCAUAAGCUUGACAAUCCGGUCCGUCCGAUUUGCAGUCCCAUUCAAUGGUACUCUCACCCCUUACACAAGCUAUGUCAGUUUUUCUUAUCUGCUGCUCUCCAGAGUAAGCUUUCGUGUCAUAAUCUGUCUAACAUUAAUAAGCUUACCGAUCAUUUACUACAAUUGCAGCCUCGUCCAGGUUAUGUAUUAGUUACAAUGGCAAUACGAGAAAUGUACCCAAGUACUCGCAUCCCUCCUUUAUGGGAUUUACUGCAGUUUUUUAUGGGUCAGGAUUGGUUUAAAGCUGCUUGCCCUAUCGAUGUCAGUAUGUUGCAAUCUAUAUUAGAUUUUAUACUCCAUAAGGCCAAUUAUUUCACAUUCAAUGGUGAUUUGUAUCAGCAACACGAAGGGUUACCACAAGGUGGAGGGGCCUCUGGCUUAUUGGCCACCAUAUUUCUAGAUGCUCAGAUUGAACUUAAUUAUAAUCCAUUGUUCUUGUCCCAUAGUGUUUUAGCUUGGUGGAAGUAUAUCGACGAUGUGCUCCUCUACAUGCCUUCUUUCUCUGUUUCUAGUUUUAUGGAUGCUUUUCCCCGUCUCAUUGGAUACGACGUAACUUAUACUGUAGAAAAACCAGAUCUCAAAUAUAGUGUUUACCCUUGUGUUGCUUAUCUCGAUCAUCGUAUUUUCCAAUCCUCUCAUGCUUUCUUAGUAAAUGUCUAUCAUAAGUCCACCGAAUCCAUGCGUUUGACCCAUUAUACUUCACAUACAUCCAUUAAAGUUAAGCAAUCUGUACUCUCUACUCAUUUGCGUCGUGUAUUUUAUCGCACUAGCGAUACUUUCCUUUCC